AUGGCGCCGCCCGCGGUGGCGACCCCGCCGCCGCCGCCGCCGUCGCGCGUCCCGUCGUCCGUCUUGAUCGACGGGUGUCCCUCGGUCGUCCCGGACGGCGAGGUGUCCCCGGACGACGCGCCCCCGGGGACGACGUCUCGAGACGACGAAGACGAAGACGACGACGAACGCGCGCAGCCGUCUUCGCGCGCGUCCCCGCGCGCGUCCCCGCGCGCGUCCCCGCGAUCUCAACCCGCCCAUCGCCUCGCGCGCGAAGAAGAAGAAGAAGAAAAAGAAGAAGAAGCGCGCGACGCGCGCGCCGCCGGGAAUGAAGAACCAGCGCGAUCGGGGAGCCCGCCGGGCGACCACCGCGCGGCGGCGACGGCGACGAAACGCUCAGCUCCCGCGUCGUCGAUCUCGCGUCAGCCGACGGCGGCGGCGGCGGCGGACGUUCGCGUCCGACGCGUCUCUCGCGCGCGCCUCGCGAAGCUCGCGAGCGCGGGGGAGCGCGCGCGGCCGCGCGCCGGCGCGCGCGACGGCGGCGGUGCGUCCGCGGUCGAAGUCGUCAUCGGGACGGACGUGCGCGUGCGGACGUCGCGGUUGACGCGCGCGGACGCGGCGUCGACGCGCGCGGGGGACCGCGACGCGUUUACGUUUUCAUCAAUAAUCUCGGAGGCGAAAACGCCGCGCGAAAACGAAACGCGCGGCGCGAGACCGGGAGCGACGUCCGCGCUGCUCGAGAGCGCGCGCGGGCUCGCGACCGGGCUGCGGAGCUGCCUCGACGCGAUCGAGGAGAAGGCGGGGGUGGACGACGACGACGACGACGACGCGACGGGGAGGGGCGACGGCGGCGACCGGUCCGCGGAGCCGGAGCCGGAUCGGGACCCGGAUCGGGGUCCGGACCGAACCGUAACCGUAACCGGCGACGACGCGUCGAGAAGAAAACCACGGGGACGCCGCCGAGCGCCGACGUUCUGCGGCGUCCCCGUGGACGUCCCCGCGCUCGUCGCCAUCGUCGCCAAAGAGGGCGGGUACGACGCGGUCACGUCCAAGCAGCUGUGGCGGGACGUCGCGAGACGGAUGCGAUUCCCGGAGGACGCGAUGAAGAGCCACACGUCGCUCGCGUAUCACCUGCGCACGUUGUACGCGCGGCACGCGGGGGAUCCCGCCGCGACGCGCGCCGCGCGACCGCCGACGCGCGACCGCGUUAUUCAUAAAAACGGCGAGGUGUCGAGCGUUUCAGAUGAGGCGAUCGCCGUGGCCGCGAUGCGAGAGCUCAGAGGUAUCGCCGCGGAGCGCGGGGACGACGGGACCGCCGGGACGCGCUCGACGCCGAAAAGGCAACAAAAGCGACCGGCGGCGGCGGCGGCGUCCCCGCGCGCGUCCCCGCGCGCGUCCUCGAAGCGCGCGAGACGCGACGAGGAGAACGCGCGACCGCUCGUCGCUGCGAGCCGGGCCCCGUCGUUCUUCUUCCGCGACGUCGCCGCCGACGCCGACGCCGACGCCGACGCCGACGCGCGCGCCGCGGCGAACGAAAAUGUCCGCGCGAUUAUCUCGCGAUGCUACGCGUCGCUCGAUCGACUCGCGGAGGCGACGCGCGCGUCGACGCCGCCGCCCUCGCGUCCGCUGCGCCCCGCGCCGCCCGCGCCGAACCCCGGGUGCGCGCGCGCGAUGCCGUGGCCGUGGCCGUGGCGCGCGGCGGGGGGGAUAGGCGACAGGUCCGGCGCCGGCGCCGGCGCCGGCGGCGACCCUCCGCCGCCGCUGUGGUACGCGCCCGAUCCGGACGCGUACGACGCGAUGAUCGAGGCGGAAGAACUCAGAGCCGCGCGCGGCGAGGCGAGGCUGUGCGCGUACGAGGGAACGGUCGAGUGGGACGCGCCGCCGCGGCCGGGGGAUUACGCGCAUCAGGCGCGUUCUAUACACUGGUUCCCAUACGACCGCGUUGGCGUGCCCGUGCCGUCGUAUCUGAGGUAUCGCGAGGAAGGCGCGGGAGGGCGCUGCGCGUCGCCGCUCGUCGGCGACGGCGCGAGAACGCCCGUCGGAGGCGCGGCGGCCGCCGCCGCCGCCGCCGCCGCCGGUGGCCGGCGGUGGCGCGGGCAAACGCUCGCGUCCGUCGCGCUCGCCGCGCAGGAAGGCGCGAACGCGCGGUUCGUCCAACGAAGCGACGCCGUGCGUCGAAUCUUCGCGGCGGCGACCCCGGGUCGCGUCGCGCCGACGUUCUCGCCCGCGCCCGACGCGCUUCCGUCGUCCGCGGCCGCGGCGAGCGCGCUCGCGACGCUUCAACGGCGGUUCCUCGACGGCGGCGACUCCUCGAUGCAGGCGUCGUUCUCGAUGCAGACGCGGCGGGGCGGCGUGCACGUCACCCCGAACAGCGGCGGUGGCGCCGGCGCGCACGCCGCCGCCGCGAUGAGUUACCGCUCGCUCGCGACGCCGGCGGCGCUGGCGAGGACCCGCGCGCUCGAACCUUUCUUCCGCGUCGACCGCAGCGGCGUCCACGGGAUGGGCGUGUUCACGACCGUCGCGCUCCCCGGGCGCGAGAUGAUCAUGGAGUACAAGGGCGAGAUCGUUCGCAGGCCGAUCGCUGAUCGAAGAGAGGCUGCGGAGAGGGCGGCCAUCGCGCGACGAGCGAAGGACGCCGCCGAUAGCGCGGCGCGACGCGGGGACCCGCCGCCGCCGCCGCUCUCCGAGGCGGACUUGGCCGCGGCGUCGACGUACAUGUUCACCGUGGACGCCGCCGCGGGUCUCAUCGUGGACGCGACGAGGAAAGGGAACGUCGCGAGGUUCGUGAACCACUGCUGCGAGCCCAACUGCGUCGCGAAGAGCGUGCACGUCGAGGGCGCGAGACGCGUGGUGCUCUUCACGACGCGCGACGUCGCCGCGGGGGAGGAGCUGUUUUACGAUUAUCAGGCGCGUUCUGUCAUGUACACUGGUCACCAUACGACCGCGUUCGCGUGGUGCACGCCGUUCCUGGAGGACUUUUCCUGGCGUUUCGCGCCGGACGCGCCCGAGUCGUGCGUUCCGUGCGCGUGCGGCGCGCCGCGGUGCCGCGGGUCGAUCAACGUGCAGGUUUUGGACGAGGACGCGGUCCCGCGGGGGAGGGGGAGGAGGUGA